AUGGAGUUGACUGGAAAAGUCGUUAUGAAGGAGAUCGACGGGGUCGGAUUAUGCUCCGGCACGGUGCAGUCUUACGAUCUUUCUGGAAAUUACCAGAUCGUGUACGAGAAUGGCGUUACGGAGACUUCGAAAUUGGCUCAAGGCAAAUCCGAGGAAACGCCGGUUCAAGUGAAGAGGAGCAGGAAGCGUCCUCGUGAGCAGGUCAAGCGAUACAAUGUGAAGGCUCAGGAUGAGGUGAACGUGAUGAGGAAUGUCGAUUUGAACGUUGCGGUUCCUGAGGAGUCAGAGAAUUUAAGAGGAGGGAAUGUUGAUUUGAAUUGUGGUAAUGUGGAAAAUCUAGCUUUGGAUUUGAAUAGGGCGGUGGUGCCGGAACCUGAUGAAGGUGGUUUAGGUUAUGAGGAGAAUGUUAGGAACAAAAGGAGGAGGUUGAUUGAUUUGAACAUGGAUGCGAGCUUUGAAUUGGAUGAUGCUGAGGUGGCGGAUAAGAAGGAGGGAUGGUUUGAUUUGAAUGUGGCGGUUAACGAGGAGAACAGCAAGGAUCAUGAACUGAUUAAGAUGAAUGGAGAUGGCGACUUUCAAGAAAGUGAGACUGGAGGAUUUAAAGAAGUCAAUGUUGCUGAAGUAUCCAGCGGCCAGAACGGUGUUUCACUGCAAGAUCGCAAUGCUCCUGAUUCUCAUGGGACUGAGACUGUUGAUAAGUCUCUCUCUGAUAGGGUAGUUCCGGAUGAAAAUACAUCAAGUGCUUGUAGAGUGUUAACUCGAGUUCCUGUCAGUAGCACUGUUAUAGCUUGCUUAGCUGAUGGAGUAUCGCCUUCUCCGUCAGUUAAUAGGCUGGCAGCUGAGAGAAUUGGGAUCUUUGAUGUGGAAGGUGAGGAUAAUUUUGUGCUUCCGCCAAAGCCACAGUUACCUCCAUCCUCGGCUAUUUUGGAUUUAGAUGGUCUUCCUGUUCUUUAUGUCUUUGCUACUUACUCUUUCCUGAGGUCCUUCAGUACUGUGCUGUUUUUGAGUCCGUUUGAGUUGAAGGAUUUUGUGGAAGCGCUGAGGUGCACGUCUCCUAGUCUACUGUUUGAUAGCAUCCAUGUUUCCGUCUUGCAAAUACUGAGAAAAGUUUUGGAAAAACGUGCUGAUGAAGAUGACCAGUCUGCAGCUCUCUGCCUGAGGAGUCUUGAUUGGGACAUGUUGGAUAUGGUUAAUUAUCCCCUUUAUGUAGUCGAAUACCUGCUAUUUUCUGGUUCUAAGGCCAGCCCUAGAUUGGAUCUAAAUCGGUUUAACUUAUUCAGAAAUGAGUACUUCAAACUGCCCGUGAAUUUGAAAAUUGAGAUACUUACCUCUUUGUGUGGUGGUAUGAUAGAUGCUGAAGUUGUCAGAUCAGAGCUGACUAAAAGAUCUGUUGCAGUUGAGUCUGUUAUGGAAACUGAUAGGAAGACAAACACAAAAGUACGGCGCGCUAUGAUGGAGCUGGCAGAUGAUCUUUCUCCGAAUGAUGGGGUCGUUGCUGGCUCCUUUGACAGGAACUGUGACGACUGUUGUAUUUGUAAAAUGGAUGGGAGGUUACUGUGCUGUGAUGGUUGUUCGGCUGCGUAUCAUUCUAAGUGUGUCGGUGUUGCCUCUGACCUUUUGCCGGAGGGUGUCUGGUACUGCCCUGAAUGUUCAUUUGACCGGCGUGGACCAGGAUGGAAGCCUGUAAAGAGAAUUCGAGGAUCGCAGUUUAUAGAGAUCGAUCCCCAUGGCCGAAAGUACUACAGCAGUUGUGGCUACUUAUUGGUGAUAGAUACCGGCUCAGUGAACUACUACCAUGUGAAUGAUGUGAUCCUUGUGCUGGAGCAGCUCAAGUUAUGCGGUAGUUUUUAUAUUGGCGUAACAAGUGCAAUUAAAAAACACUGGAAUAUCACUGUUAAGGCUCCUCUAUCAGCUCCAGAAAAACAGGCAACAUCUGGAGUUAAGAAAAGGCUGGAAGAAACAUCCAGCAAUGGAGGUUCACAUCUUCGUUGUCAUAGGACUCGACAGAAGAUAUCAGGUUCAGCUACUGGACCAGAUAUCCUUACUAUGAGUUCUGAAGGAUCUGCCAAAACUGCACACAAUGAUUUCGAUGUCCAGAGUCUUCGUGAGCCAGAAUCAUCGAGCAUUUUGGAUGUCAUGAUAGAGCCAAAUAUGAUGAACACAAGGAAAGAAGUUACACCUAUUGCGCAGAGUGAAUCGGGCUACAGAAACCAGUACAUAUUUGCUCAGAUGACUAGAGCAAUUUCUGAAGAGAUGGCACGUAACUCACCUGACCAUACUAAUUAUAUGAGAUUUGAUGAAGAGAUAGCUUCGACCCAGGUGAAGACUAUAUUGAUGAAAACCACCAAAUUUCAGUGGCGAAACAUCCAAGGCCUCUACCUAGAUGCAUGGAAAGAAAAAUGUGGAUGGUGUCAAUCUUGCAAGUCUGAGGAUGCCGAGAGCAAGACAAAUUGUUUGUUUAAUAUGAGUCUCGGGGCUUUACAGGGUCCUUCGGAAAGUGAGAUUGCUAACAUUCAACCCAUUGAUAACAAAAGUCAUCUUAUGGCUAUCAUAUGGCAGUUAUUAUCCAUGGAAAGUCGAUUGCAAGGUCUUUUGGUUGGUCCAUGGUUGAAUCGACGGUACUCCAGGAUUUGGCGUGAACACAUUCUGAACGCAUCAAGUAUAUCAAGCUUGAGACACGUAUUGCUUGAAUUUGAGGCGAAUUUACAUCUUGUUCUUUCAUCUCAGUGGCUAAACUAUGUCGAUUCUGCCGUAGAAAUGGGCUCGUCUAGACAUGUUCUCAUUGCUUCCACUCGAUCAUCGUCAAAGACUACUAUAUGUAAAACAAGAGAGACAUCGUUGGAGUCUGGGGUUAACUCUACUGCACAGAAAAUUGGUGGAUUGACCAUGUGUUGGUGGAGAGGCGGCCGACUCUCAAGGAAAUUAUUCAACUGGAAGGUUUUACCUCGAUCUUUGGUCUCGAAGGCUGCUAGACAAGGUGGAAUUGUGAAUAUCCCAGGAAUAAUGUAUCCUGAGAAUUCAGAACCCGCUAAGAGAAGCAGACGUGUUGCCUGGGGAGCAGCUGUUGAGUCAUCUACGACUUCAGAGCAGCUCGGUUUUCAGGUGAAGACACUCCAUACUUACAUAAAGUGGGAUGAUUUUGAGAACAGUCAUCGCCUUCUUGCAUCAGACAACGAAUCCAAAAAAUCUGCUAGGCUGUUCAACAAAGUGGUUGUCCGUAAGAAGUGCAUAGAGGAAGGGACUGUGAAGUAUCUCCUUGACUUUGGUAAAAAGAGAAGAAUUAUUCCGGAUGUUGUAUUGAAGAAUGGUCGGAUGAUUGAAGAAUCCUCGAGUGAAAGUAGAAUGUACUGGCUGAAUGAAUCAUAUAUGCCUUUGCAUUUGCUGAAAGUACUUGAAGACAGAAAAGCUGUACGUAACCCUAGGAAGCCAGGAAGCUCUUUUAGAAAGCCUGAGAUAAACAAAGUACGGAAAAGGUCCUCGGAGGUAAAAGGAUUCUCAUACCUAUUUGAAAGAGCAGAAAGAUCCGAGUCUUCUUUGUGUGAGCAAUGUAAGAGAGAUGUGCCUUUGAGAGAAACAGAUGAGGAACAGAUGAGGAAACUGUUGUGAAGUAUUAUGAAGUUAGCUUGGCUUGUUGGGACUGCUAACUUGGAUGAGUAGGUACUAAAGUGAAGUGGUUGACUUAAGAGUUAGAGUGAACAAAUAAGAGAUUCAUGAACCAGAGAUGAUUUCAUUUUCUUACUGAAAUGGAGGGACUUGGUAAACAAGUGAAAGUAUGUAUAACAAAAAAUGUAUAAUCCAUUUUCUAUCGAAAUCCAUUGGUAAUGUGGUGUUUUGUUAGCUUUUUCCAAAUGUAAUUUUGCAACCUUCUUUCUGCUCCCA